ACUUUGAAUGUGUGUCAUGCUUUGUUUCCAAUAAUACGGUCUCACGGAAGAGUUUGCCAUGUUGCAAGUUAUCUGGGAACAAUGGCAUUCAGAAGAAUGAGUCCAAAACGUCAGCAGACAUUUCGAGAUGCACAGACGGAAGACGAUGUUAGUAAACUGAUGGCUAAUUACGUUCAGAGUGUAGAAAAAGAGACGUUGAGUGAAGAAGGUUGGAAACAAUUUGCAUAUUAUGAUAUUUCAAAGACUGGUGUCAUCACUUUAACAAGAAUCCAGGCUGCGGCAUUAAAGUCAGACUCUUCCAAGCAAGAUGUCCUGAUCAACUGUUGCUGCCCGGGAUAUGUUAGUACAGACAUGACAAAUCACAAAGGAAUCAAAACACCAGAUGAGGGCACCGUAACACCUGUCUAUUGAGUGAUGUUACCGGGGAAUUUAACUGAGCCCCAGGGGAGCUUUUUGUCCGAUAAAACUGUUGUUGAGACUUGGUAGAGGUUUAGAUACAGUAUCUUCUACACAUUAUUAUUCAAGAAACCGAUUGUAUUACCAGGACUAUUUGUUCCACCGAAAGCAAUAGAGACUGUAGAGGGUGUUGGCCCUAACGGCCGCCCAUACAAAUCCGGUUAUGGGUAGUUAAACUAGCAACUAACUCGUACUAACAGAAAGAGAAGGAAUUUUUGAAAACUUUAUUGACUGAAAAUGAACUCAUCUGAUAAAGAAGAAAUUAAAGUUGAUUCAAAUGCAAACAACAGUGACUACUGUAUCGAGUAUGCAUAUGGUAUUCUGCUACAGCAUCAUAUUGAUAAUUAAAAUUUAACAAGUUUAAAAUACGUUGAAAAACACGUUCACCCGUUUUUGAUCCUUCAAAAUUGUUCACGACCAACUGUUUUUUGUUUUUGUUUUGUUUUUUUGUUUGUUUUUUUGGUAGGCUGAGUAAGUCUAGCCAAUUUCAACAGCUUAGAUUCAAUAAAAAAAAUACAGGCUUGAGUCUAUUUAAUGUACACAAACCAUCCACCGGGCUGUACUAUCAUGAGGCUAAGUCUCUCUUCUCUUCGGGGUCCAUCAGUCCACUGUUGAACAUACCCUCCUAUAAGUUUUCCACCUCUUUCUAUCUGAUGUUUCUCUAUACCAAUAUUUAUUGUACAUUCUCAUGUAGUCUGUCCACCUCUGUUUCUGUCUUCCUCGAUCGUUUUCUUUUACCUUCUCUGGGUAUCCAAUCGGUUACU